GUGACGUGGUUUUGAACGAAAGCGUCUAAUCCCACCCUACCUCCCAAGGGUCACAUGACUGGCGCCUGCGUCCUAGACCCAAGGCCUUUCCUGGUCGCCUAUUUGGCUGUUAACUCGGCUACAGGUUGCGGCGAGGUCCAUUCCGGAAGUAGACCCUUUAACUAGCCCUCCUCGGCGGAAGCGUGUCACAACCUAGCCGUCCACCCUUAACGGAAGUUCGUCACGUCGCAGUUGCUGCCGCACAGCGGAUGUGGGUCGCCGCUUAGGUGACGCUGGGAAGUGCUUGCAGCCUCCGCCGCUGCCUUCUGAUUAAAGCACUAUGGAGGGAGAGAGGAAGAACAACAACAAACGGUGGUAUUUUACUCGAGAACAGCUGGAAAAUAGCCCAUCUCGUCGUUUUGGUCUGGACCCAGAUAAAGAACUUUCUUAUCGCCAGCAGGCGGCCAAUCUGCUCCAGGACAUGGGGCAGCGUCUUAACGUUUCACAAUUGACUAUCAACACUGCUAUCGUAUACAUGCAUCGAUUCUACAUGAUUCAGUCCUUUACACAGUUCCAUCGAAAUUCUGUGGCUCCAGCGGCCUUAUUUCUUGCAGCUAAAGUAGAGGAGCAGCCAAAAAAAUUGGAACACGUCAUCAAAGUAGCACAUGCUUGUCUCCAUCCACAGGAAUCACUUCCUGAUACUAGGAGUGAGGCUUACCUGCAACAAGUUCAAGAUCUGGUGAUAUUAGAAAGCAUUAUUCUGCAGACUUUAGGCUUUGAACUAACAAUUGAUCACCCACAUACACAUGUGGUAAAGUGCACUCAGCUUGUUCGAGCAAGCAAGGACUUAGCACAGACUUCUUACUUCAUGGCAACCAACAGCCUGCAUUUGACCACAUUUAGCCUGCAGUACACACCUCCUGUGGUGGCCUGUGUCUGCAUUCAUCUGGCUUGCAAGUGGUCCAACUGGGAGAUCCCAGUCUCAACUGAUGGGAAGCACUGGUGGGAGUAUGUUGACGCCACUGUGACCCUGGAACUUUUAGAUGAACUGACACAUGAAUUUCUGCAGAUUCUGGAGAAAACCCCCAACAGGCUCAAACGAAUUCGGAAUUGGAGGGCAUGCCAAGCUGCCAAGAAAACAAAAGCAGAUGACCGAGGAGCGGAUGAAAACACUUCAGAGCAGACAAUCCUCAAUAUGAUUUCCCAGAGCUCUUCAGACACAACUAUUGCAGGUUUAAUGAGCAUGUCAACUUCUUCUACCACAAGUACGGUGCCUUCCCUUCCAACCACUGAAGAGUCAUCCAGCAACUUAAGCAGUGUGGAGAUGUUGCAGGGCGAGCGUUGGCUGUCCUCCCAACCUCCUUUUAAACUAGAACCUGCUCAGGGUCAUCGGACUAGUGAGAAUCUAGCACUUAUAGGAGUUGAUCAUUCCUUGCAACAGGAUGGUUCAAAUGCGUUUAUUUCCCAGAAGCAGAGUAGUAAGAGUGUGCCAUCAGCUAAAGUGUCACUGAAAGAAUACCGUGCAAAGCAUGCAGAGGAGUUGGCUGCCCAGAAGAGGCAACUGGAGAACAUGGAGGCCAAUGUGAAGUCACAGUAUGCAUAUGCUGCGCAGAAUCUCCUGUCUCACCAUGAUAGCCAUUCUUCAGUCAUUCUGAAAAUGCCCAUAGAGGGCUCAGAAAACCCUGAGCGGCCUUUUCUGGAAAAGGCUGACAAAACAGCUCUCAAAAUGAGAAUCCCAGUGGCGAGUGGAGAUAAAGCUGCCUCUUCAAAACCAGAGGAGAUAAAAAUGCGCAUUAAAGUCCAUGCUGCACCUGACAAGCACAAUUCUGUAGAUGACAGUGUCACAAAGAGCCGAGAGCACAAAGAAAAGCACAAGACUCACCCAUCUAAUCAUCAUCAUCAUCAUAAUCACCACUCACACAAGCACUCUCACUCACAGCUUCCAGCUGGUACUGGGAACAAACGGCCAGGUGAUCCAAAACAUAGCAGCCAGACAAGCACCUUAGCACACAAAACCUAUAGCUUGUCUAGUUCUUUCUCCUCUUCCAGUUCUACUCGUAAAAGGGGCCCCCCUGACGAGACUGGAGGGGCCGUGUUUGAUCAUCCAGCCAAGAUCGCCAAGAGUACUAAACCCUCUUCCAUAAAUUUCUUCCCUCCUCUUCCUACAAUGGCCCAGUUGCCUGGGCAUAGCUCAGACACAAGUGGCCUUCCUUUUUCACAGCCUAGCUGUAAAACUCGAGUUCCUCAUAUGAAACUGGAUAAAGGCCCCACUGGGGCCAAUGGUCACAACACAACCCAGACAAUAGACUAUCAAGAUACUGUGAAUAUGCUUCACUCCCUUCUCAGUGCCCAGGGUGUUCAGCCCACUCAGCCCCCUGCAUUUGAAUAUGUUCAUUCUUACAGUGAAUAUCUGAAUCCACGGGCUGGUGGAAUGCCCUCCAGAUCUGGCAAUACAGACAAACCCAGGCUACCACCUCUACCAUCAGAACCUCCUCCACCACUUCCACCCCUUCCUAAGUAAAAAAGAAAAAGAAGAGGAGAAAAAAACUUCUUUAAAAACACAUACUUUCUUUUCUUUUUUUAACUACUGAUUCUGGACUAAGAAAAUUACUUCCCUUAUGAAAUAUGUCACCCUUCUUGGACUAGGGAAUAAAUUAAUAUUGAGACAUAGGUGGAAGGGUGGGAGAGGGCCUUGGUUACUAUAUCUGCUGCCUCAGAAAUUUAACUAUUUUAUUGUAGUUUUUACUGGUAUUAGAGAGGUGAGAAUGUGUUGAAGCUGUGAAGGAUUAAGAAUACUUUCUCUAUUCUUGGCCUUUCCACCUCCUAAUUAGGUUGAUUAGAGUUGAUAUCUUCCCUCUUCUUGCCAGGACUGAAAUAUGGAGGGUUUGUUUUAUCAAACAGUUGUGGAUUCUUUUGGUGUUUAAUAUAUCAGAAGAGAGGAAGUAUUUAAAUGUCAAAAUCUUUUAAGAGACUUUUAAAAAAUAAUUUAAAGAAAGUAAGUUAUCUGUUUAGUUUUUUUAUAUAAAUGGGGAGGGGAUAGGGAUUUUGCUGUGUGUAUGAGAUACAUAGCAUUGAGUCCUGGGGGGUGGGAUUGGAGGGCGGGGGGGGGAGUGUCAGCGGGAUGGGAGGAUAGGCUUUUGGCCAUGAGUUCUCAGAUAGGCUCUGGCCACUUGAAGUGUUGAGACCUUUAAGUGUGUAUGUAAGUGUGGGUAUGUGUGUUUUUAAGUGUGUGUGUUUAAAAAUCAUGUUUUAUCUUUCCCUCCCUGCCCCUCACCAUUUUCACUUCCCAACGGUCUAUUAGAGAGAACACGGUGUGGCCUUUAGAACAUAAAGGAAGGAAGAGGCAUGUAUUUGACAUGGUAUUUUCCACUUUCUUUAUGUUAUUAUUGAGUGUUUAGCCUUCUAAAUUCUAGUUUGGGCAAGUGCAGCCAAUGGCCUGACUCUGGACUCCAUUAUAAAAACUUCCUUUUUACCCUUUUUUUCCUUUUGAUGCAGAACAAAGAUGGGGUUGAGGAAGAAGGGUUGGAGAGCAUGGCUGGCUUCUGCCCUACAGAAUUGGGUCUGUCUUUUUUUCCAAGUUGGGCUUUGGGAAAGUGUUCAAGUGAUAGCAACCUCAGGGUCUCUGAAGAGAAGGAGGAUGUGCUAUAUGUCCUGCCUAUGAAAGACCAGACCAUAUGUGAGAAUAGUUCUGGGAGAAGCCAUGGAGCUAGAGAUUGUGAUUGGGAAUUUUUAGGACAUUGUAUUUUAAAUUACAUUAUGAAUGUAAAACUUGCUUUUUAUCUGUAUAUCUGAAGGGAAACAGCUGCAUCCUCAGUUUUUGCGGCCUAUAUGAUUUCAGAGAUUGGAGCUUGUGAAUUUAACAGUACCGGUGCCAUGAAGGUAAGCAAGCCUAGCCCACAGGUACUGUUAGGUUUACAUUGUCCAUCUUUGGUGGCUUUAGCUUCUAGGCAGAGGUUCUUCAGGAGAUUUCUAAGAAUCCUUUAAAAAAAUGGAUCAGGAGUCCUAUUCUUAUAGGUGCUUGAUUAUCCCAGAUUUAGGAGUGAACAUUUUUGUUAAGGAAAGAAAUCUUUUACGGGGCUAGAAAGAAUUGUAAGCUAAGUUGUCUCACUGAAAAUGCCACCUAUCCACAGAUCAUUUGAUGUGAUAUUUGGUCUUCAUGGCAUUUUUUGCUAUGGAAAAGGAUAAUGCAGUUUGAAUUUGCCUUCUUUUUUUUAAUGCAGCUUCCUUCACACCAAAUAUUCUUUAUGGAGAAGUUGAGUUUUUUUCGUUGGUCAUAGGGAGACAGGAGUUGUACAUGUGCUACUGCUUGCCAGGAACAGGUUGGGGAGAAAACUGAGGCAGUUGGAAUUGGUGAUGCACUGGCCUAAAAUAGGACGGAAUUUGUACAAUAAACCUUAACUGAAGGUGAAUUAGUGUCCUGCAUUUCUGUGUAUUUGAACUCUCUAGAGUGCCUGCCAUUGCUAUGUAAAAUGAGCUCUCUGCUGACCUCUAAACCAGUAAUACUUUUGACUUGGAAUGUUACUUCACUUUUAUAGAUGACAUUUUCCUCUUUCUCCUUGAAAUUUUCUGUGUUGUGCUAGGUAAUUGGUAGAUGUGUGGUGUGUUUACUAAAUUUAGGCUUUAUAUUUGUUUAGAUUUUGUUUGGUGAAGUCUGCUUUCCUUCCUGACUUUCCCAAAAGGUUAUUUAGUUUGCAUCUCUAUCUUUGUGGAAUUGAUGAUCACUGAUUUGAUUAUGAAAACGUCUUUUCCAGCUUUCAGUUUUUCUCAUCAAAUGUCACAUAUUUCUAACCACGUUCUCCCUUACCAUAGGGGCAUACAUAGUCACUUGGCCUCAUGGCAGUUCUCUGUGCCAGUCUGGAGUUAGUUCCUUAGAACUUUGUCAGGAGUGAACUAGAGAAAAGUGCUUACUAGAGCUUAAAACCUAAGAGCUGCUUUAUGCUGCAUAGUCUGGCCUUUGCGUUAGUAGAUCAUUGCUGAUGUAGGUCAGUUUAGAGACUUUUCUAUAUUAAUGCCUCCUGAUACUGUUUUAAGAUACCUACAGUGUCUACUUUUAGAUCUGUGCAUAUGUCAUGAACCCCCUUAUGAGGCUCUGCAUGAAGCUGCUGAAUUAUCUUUGGGUUAGCUAGUCUGUCAGCUAGCACGCAUAUUGUCGAAAUUCCAUAAACGUAGGCUUCAAAGGGUUGUGUGGUUUCUAAACUCUGUCUUCUCUACCCUCACACCUUCAAAGGGUGAGAAAUGGGAUUUAUAAUCCAAAGUUAGUCUAGUAAAUGCCUUUUUCCCCUCCUUUUAACCUAGACUAUCAAGGAUAAGUGGUGGUAAGCAGGCCUGGAGCCUCAAGUUCUGUAAAUCUCAUUCCUAAAACUUGGCUUGAAUCUCAUGUUGGCAAAAACAAAUACCUGUGGAUUGUCCUUAGGGCUUUUAAUCAGAUACCUGUGUUGCUGUUAACUGAACUCUAGUGAAGCAUUAAUCUAAAGCUUAAUUGGUCUUCUGAAGUAUCUGAAGUUAUGCUUUUUGGGUUUGGAAAAUAUGUGGGAAUUUGUCUACUCACUCAUGAAUCAGUGUGUUUCCAUAUCUGAGACCCUCAGCUUCCUCAUUUUUUUCUUAAUGAUUUCAGUGUUUUGAUGUAAUGUAUCCUUUUUUGUAGUUGUGUAUUAUUGGCUUCACCAGUGUUAACAGAAAAAUUUUAAAUCUCCAGUUGGAAACAGCAAUGGAUUAGGAUAUAGAAAUAAAAUCAUGGUAACAUCAGUGCUGGAUUUCCUUAAGCCUCUGCUAUCUAAUUCCCCAUACAUACCCCUCAUAACUUGCUGCUGGACAAAGGCAAUUAGAGGGGUCUUAUCCCAGUAUGGUUGGAUUUUAAACAUAUCUGUGUUUUCCACAGAAACACAGGAACUGUGGGAACUUGGAACUGAUUAAUUUUUUAAAAGGAUUAUUAUUUUGUUGAAGAGUUAUUUUGAUACUAAUGCUAAGAAAAGGGAGAUUCUAGAUCAUCUUGAAGUUGGAAUACAAAUAUUCUCUUGGGUUUGGGAGAAUUAAAGCCGUCUAUGCAACCCUUCACAUGGUGAGAAAUAAGCCCUCCACAGUCCCUCCCACUAAGCUUUCAGUGACUUUGAUACUUCCCCAAAUUUCUCGUGUUGCUGCUUGUUAACACCCAGCUUUUAACUGAGUGUUUGCUCCUGAUGGUUUAAGAAAUGUUCAUGUUGUAUCACACUGUCAGUUUUAUUUUGUCUUUUUAUCCCUCUGUGGGUGUGAGUUUGAAACAAGCAUGGUACUGUAAUCCUACCUGAUAGAGUGGUCUGGAGUGAAAAUUAUUUUUUAAGUGGGAGAUCCUUCCGUUUUAAUGUUUCUAAAGUUUUUAAUAUGAACUUGGCAUUGGAAAAGGGAGGGAAAGAAAAAGAAUGUUUACUAAAAAGCAGUGUCUGCUCUUCCUCUUUUUGAGUGUGUAUUCAUUGUUGAAUGAAAAGAAGAGAAAGACUCUUGGGUUUUCUGUUGCCAUGUUAAGCAUGGAGAGGGAUGCUUGACAGCAUGCUAAUUGAAGCCAGAGCAAGUAUGUCUCCAUCAGGUUAUCAGGAACUCUUCAGUUGAAAGCUGAGGACCUAACUGAUCAGUGGUUGAUUGAUCACAUUGAAAUUGGUUACAGUAUGGAAGUGCUGGCUGGGUUAAGCACCCAAAAAAGCGAAUGCAGCAGCCUAACUAGGGUUAACCUAAGUUUCUGGAUUUGAAAUGGACCUUUCCCUCACCCUACUCCACACACCUAAAACUGUCCAUCUUCUUGUCAGACCAAAGAGCAAAGAAUAAAAACAAACAAACAAAAAAGUAAAACACUUUACCAAUCUAUAUCACUCAGGUACAAUUUUGUGGUGAUAUUUUUGUCUGUUUUCUUUGUGUUGCUCUUGAGUCCUUUCUCAGCAUUUUAUUCUGCUGUUGCCUCUGUCCUCCUUGGGGCACCUCAGUUCUGGAUGCUACCCUGGAGUCUCUACUGCUGUUAUGUGAAUGAUAGGAUGUAAGUGACCAUUACAGUAAGGGCUCUUUGUAAAAAAUUCAAAAAAAAUUUUUUUUAAAUUUAAGAAAGGAUGUUGUAUACAUUUUAUAGUCUGGCUAUCAGUUUGAUAUCUUGCUGUCAAGUAUGUUUCUCAAUCUGUAUUUAUCCAUCCCAUCAAUAAAUGUUAAUGCUAAAACACUCA